CACAUGAUGAUCCACACUGGAGAGAAACCAUUCACAUGCACUCAGUGUGCGAAGAGUUUCAACCAAUCAUCUCACCUUAUUCAACACAUGAGGAUCCACACUGGAGAGAAACCAUAUGCAUGCACUCAGUGUGGGAAGAGUUUUAAUUGCUCAACAAACCUUAAUCAACACAUAAGGAUCCACACUGGAGAGAAACCAUUCACAUGCACUCAGUGCGGGAAGAGUUUCAUCCAAUCAUCAAACCUUAAUCUACACAUGAGGAUCCACACUGGAGAGAAACCAUUCACAUGCACUCAGUGUGGUAAGAGUUUCAGCCAAUCAUCACACCUUAAUCUACACAUGAGGAUCCACACUGGAGAGAAACCAUUCACAUGCACCAUUUGUGGGAAAAGUAUUAACUGCUCAUCACACCGUAAUCACCACAUGAGGAUCCACACUGGAGCUAAACCAUUCACAUGCACUCAGUGUGGAAAGAGUUUCAGCAAAUCAUCAUCCCUUAAUAAACACAUUCACAUGAUCAUCCACACUGGAGAGAAACCAUUCACAUGCACUCAGUGUGGGAAGAGUUUCAACCGCUCAUCACACCUUAAUCAACACAUGAUGAUCCACACUGGAGAGAAACCAUUCACAUGCACUCAGUGUGGAAAGAGUUUCAGCCAAUCAUCAUCCCUUAAUCUACACAUGAGGAUCCACACUGGAGAGAAACCAUUUGCAUGCACUCAGUGUGGGAAGAGUUUUACCUGCUUAUCACACCUUAAUCAACACAUGAUGAUCCACACUGGAGAGAAACCAUUCACUUGCACUCAGUGUGGAAAGAGUUUCAGCCAAUCAUCAUCCCUUAAUCAACACAUGAGGAUCCACACUGGAGAGAAACCAUUCACAUGCACUCAGUGUGGGAAGAGUUUCAGCCUUUUAACAUCCCUUAAUUAUCACAUGAGGAUCCACACUGGAGAGAAACCAUUCACAUGCACUCAGUGUGGGAAGAGUUUCAGCCAAUCAUCAUCCCUUAAUCACCACAUGAGGAUCCACACUGGAGAGAAACCAUUCACAUGCACUCAGUGUGGGAAGAGUUUCAGCCAAUCAUCAUCCCUUAAUCACCACAUGAGGAUCCACACUGGAGAGAAACCAUUCACAUGCACUCAGUGUGGGAAGAGUUUCAGCCUUUCAACAUCCCUUAAUUAUCACAUGAGGAUCCACACUGAAGAGAGACCAUUCCAAUGCACUCAGUGUGGGAAGAGUUUUUACUGCUCAUCCUCCCUUAUUCGACACAUGAGGAUCCACACUGGAGAGAAACCAUUCUCUUGCACUCAGUGUGGGAAGAGUUUUUACUGCUCAUCCUCCCUUAUUCGACACAUGAUGAUCCACACUGGAGAGAAACCAUUCUCUUGCACUCAGUGUGGGAAGAGUUUCAGCCUAUCAACAUCCCUUAAUUACCACAUGAGGAUCCACACUGGAGAGAGACCAUUCAAAUGCACUCUGUGUGGAAAGAGUUUUACCUGCUCAUCACACCUUAAUCAACACAUGAAGAGAAACACCCACACUGGAGUGAAACCAUUCACAUCUACUCAGUGUGGGAAGAGUUUUAACCAAUCACCAAACCUUAAUGAACACAUGAAGAUCCACACUGGAGGGAAACCAUUCACCUGCACUCAGUGUGGAAAGAGUUUUGGAAAAAAAGGCAAUCUUAAGAUUCACAUGAUAAUCCACACUGGAGAGAAACCAUUCACAUGCACUCAGUGUGGGAAGAGUUUCAGCAUAUCAUCAUCUCUUAAUCAACACAUGAGGAUCCACACUAGAGAGAAACCAUUCACAUGCACUCAGUGUGGGAAGAGUUUCAGCCUAUCAUCAAACCUUAUUAAACACAUGAGGAUCCACACUGGAAAGAAACCAUUUACAUGCACUCAGUGUAGGAAGAGUUUUGGCCUAUCUUCAAACCUUAUUAAACACAUGAUGAUCCACACUGGAGAGAAACCAUUCACUUGCACUCAUUGUGGGAAGAGUUUCAGCCAAUCAUCACACCUUAAUCUACACAUGAGGAUCCACACUGGAGAGAAACCAUUCACAUGCACUCAGUGUGGGAAGAGUUUUAACUGCUCAUCACACCUUAAUAAACACAAGAGGAUCCACACUGGAGAGAAACCAUACACAUGCACUCAGUGUGGGAAGAGUUUCAGCCAAUCAUCAAACUUAAAUCAACACAUGAGGAUCCACACUAGAGAGAAACCAUUCACUUGCACUCAGUGUGGGAAGAGUUUUAGCAAACCAUCAUCCCUUAAAAUACACAUGAGGAUCCACACUGGAGAGAAACCAUUCACAUGCACUUAAGCUGUAGUCACACUGGACUUUUCUCCCCAUAGACUUCCAUUCCUACGCACGCAAAUGCAUCAGAUCGAAAACACAAGUUUUGCAGUUCACUGCGUGGAAAAGUUCAAGCUUUAUGAACUCUGACCUGCGAAAUCGCAUCACUUGACUGUGUGAGACCAAUCGAAGAUCAAAACAUGACCUCUCUGGACAGAUAUGUAAAAUAGGGACCAAUCACUCACUUUUUAAAAAUGUCUA